CUAAAUGUUAAAUUAUUAAGCUGACAAGUAUUCAGAUUCAUCUAUUCAUCUGUGCUCUUGAAUACGAAAUUACCCUUGUCCAGAGUAGUACCAGGCUUACAUCAGCUGUGGGCAGGAAGUAUUUCACUGUAUAUCCUCAUGACCUGCAGACCUGAUACAGAAUUCUUUUCCGCUUUAAUUACAGUUUCACUGUCAUCGCUGACAAGAAAGGAAAUGAUUUCAAGUUCCUUUAUCUAGACUUAACUCCAGGCUGUCAGAUAAAUACGCUGAACCUUGAAAGAGACAGUGAAACACAACAUGUGCUGCAUUGGUUGUGGGAUAUUUUGCCAGGAGAGAUGCUAUUUCAGCACCAGGACUUAUUGCACAAAAACAUGAAUAGGAUCUCUUAAGAAGCAGCACUUCUCAUCCACUUUAAUGGCAAGAGGGAAGAAUAGCCCCUGAUGGGUAAUCACCUUCCCUCUCUCGUCUUAUACACUCUCUGUUCACCGGCAAGGGCAGCAGCAGUGCAACAACCAGGCUUGCUUUAGAAAAAUCCCAGUUACUGGCUGCUCUCCAGCUCACUGCAAUAGCACCAGGAUGGGCUGGGAAAGGUCCACCACAAAAACCUGCUAUUAGGACAGGAAGAAGUAGUUAGUUGCCUUUGUUCAUACUGAAGGAACCUUCAGCGUUCCAGGAUCAUAAAUGGUAACUGAGAAGCAUCCAAGGUUCCACAGAGCUGCAGACAAACAAAAUGCUAUUUUUCAGUGCUUGGGCUUUUAAAUUAUCAUCGUUAUUAUUUUUCACACUUGCCCUCUUCCUAGCAGAUCCCUUUCGCUCUCUGUCCGGGAGGGCUGGUGGCCAUGCUGUUGGCAGCCACUAGAGGAUGCCCCCAGGGACUUGGGUGGUGGCAGCAGCAGGUCUGGUUGACAGGCAAGAGAGAAUCCUCCCAGUUCCUCUUCUAGAGCUGCUCCUCUCUCCCCUGCAGCGCUAGUGCCCAUACCCUCACACUCCUGCAGGAAUAUUUUCCAUUGCUGGACGUUGCCUGAGGUUAAUUUCACGUUGUGGUGACAGGCGGUGAGGCAGCGCAGGAAUUUCCCAGUAUCUCCAAACCCCUGUGAGGUGACUGGGAGAUGAUAUUUCAAAGCAAGCAAAACUCCUCGAGCGGAGGAGCAAGUGAAAGCCCAGCACCUCUGCUUGUCUGACACAGCUGGCUGCUGCAAGGAGGAGGCUGCAGCCGCAGGAGGGGGUCGUGCCCUCCUUUCUGCCCACUCCAGCGUGAAAGCAGAGCCGACUGCAGGUCCUUCACCAGAGCCUGAGGACCCCCGGGAUGCCUCCCUUGCACUCAAAUACAACAUCCCCAGGGUCCCUCUCCAGCUGCUGAGUUGAAUAUUCCUCCCUGGUGUAAACUCCGGGGUGAGUCUCCUUGGGCAGCCCUGCUCGCCUCUCUGGUCUGGUGAUUAUCCAGUAAGCUGCUCAUGCCAGCUCAGUUUUUAUUAAAGCAUCUAUAGAUUUCAGCCCAGGGUUUAUUUAUUGAGUUUCUCUGCACUCUUCCUUUCUCCUGCUCUCCUGCCAAGACUCAGAGAUAUGGUGCAAGCCCUGGAAGUAAAUAGAAAAUGCCAAGCUUAGCUUUUUUUAGGUCACUGUAAACUACACGCUUAUCUGCUUUCAGAAUACAUAAGCCACAGGAUGUCAUCUCCAGUCAGCACAGAAGGAUAAGGACUAGAACGUGGGUUUGGCUGUAGAUAUGAAUAUAUCGGGAUCACGGUGGGGAAGUGUAUGUUUGUAUACAAGCAGACUUUUUUAAUCCAGAGCCCUCUUCCUUUUCCUCAAAGUUUCUGAAUUCUUCUGGCAACAAAGAUCUUUUUAUAUCUCUGGGGUUUCAUAUUCCACCCAUCAGCCUAUCAUAGGAGAGCACAAAUCUACUAAAUAGUAAAAUGAGGGAUUACUUCCACUCAUCUGUUGACAGACAUUUCUCCAAAUUGGAUCAAAUGAUUAAAGGUAUUAGAAUGACGUCUUGAAGAUCCAGAUCAAAUCAUUUGAAACCUUGAGAGUGUUUCUCCUUUGCUUGGAAGAAACCACCAGAAAUAGUUGUAGGUGCUAAUUGGCCAUUAUUCUCACUAAUGUGAAAUUGUUAGCUGGGACCUUUGAAUAUUUUACUUAUUUGAAUCCUAACCAGGGAACUUCAAGAUGGAAGGACCGUGCAGCGGCUCACUUCCCGAUGUGCCGUUCGGGAUCUCUUCCAACGCCUGAAUGGUUCUUCCUCAAGUUGCUUACGCUGAGAAGAGGGGUCCAGGCUGUGAAAUCUUCCAACAUCUCCCACCACAAAGAUGGCACUGCUGAAAGUCAAAUUCAAUCAGAAGAAACGGGUAAAACUAGCGCAGGGACUAUGGCUCAUGAACUGGUUUUCGGUGUUUGCUGGAAUCCUUGUUUUUAGCAUGGGAUUGUUCCUCAAAAUUGAGCUCCGGAAGCGAAGCGAAGUGAUGGACAAUUCUGAAAGCCACUUUGUGCCCAAUUCUUUGAUAUUGAUGGGUAUAUUAUCCUGCGCCUUCAAUGGUUUUGCUGGAAAAAUUUGUUACGAUUCUCUGGAUCCCGCUAAAUUUGCCAAGUGGAAGCCUUUGCUAAAACCUUACCUGGCACUGUGCUGCGUCUUUAACAUGCUCAUUUUCUUCGUUGCUCUGAUUUGCUUUCUCAUGCGGGGCUCCCUGGACAGCACCCUGGCCCAGGGGCUGAAGAACGGCAUGAAGUUCUACCGGGACACGGACACCCCCGGAAGAUGCUUCAUGAAGAAGACCAUCGACAUGCUCCAGAUUGAGUUCAAGUGCUGUGGCAACAACGGCUACAAAGAUUGGUUUGAAAUCCAGUGGAUCAGCAACAGAUAUCUGGACUUCAGCUCCAAAGAAGUGAAAGACCGGAUCAAAAGCAACGUGGACGGGAGGUACCUGGUGGAUGGCGUCCCCUUCAGCUGCUGCAACCCCAGCUCCCCCAGGCCCUGCAUCCAGUACCAGGUCACCAACAACUCUGCCCACUACAGCUAUGACUACCAAACCGAGGAGCUCAACCUGUGGCGCCGCGGCUGCCGGGAAGCGCUCCUGAACUACUACAGCGGCAUGAUGAGCUCCAUGGGCGCCGUCAUCCUCCUCGUCUGGCUCUUUGAGAUGUCGGUGAUGGUUGGCUUGCGCCUCCUGCACACCUCCCUGGAAAGCAUUGCCAAUCCCGAAGACCCCGAAUGUGAAAGCGAAGGGUGGGUCCUGGAGAACAGCCUGAAGGACACUUUCAAAUCCGCGCUGGAGAAUUUGAAAAAGCUGGGUAAGUUCAACCAGGUGGAAGCAGGAGCCGAAGGGGCCGAAGGAGAGGAAGGUGGGAAGACGCCAGCCAUCACAACAGUCAGUUGAGCUGCUCAUUGAGGUGGACUUUUUCUCAGAGAAAAAUAACACAAACUGAGAAUUGUGAAUAUAUCUACAUUUUAAAAAGCUAUGUAUCAACCACCAGAAUACACAUUUCUACGCAUGUUCACUUUUGUACAUGGGAGCAUACAACAUAGUGCACCUUGGGAUAAAACACUUAUCCACAAUGUGACUACACCACAUCCAUAUCCUUUUGGGAAUACGACCCCAACUAGGACUUGCAAUAUUCACGUGUUCCCUUAUCAGAGACAGUUAGUUUAAGAAAAAAAAAAAAAUUGAAAAAAAAAGAUUGCUGGCAUCACAUGGUGAUCCAGUCCAUCUUAUUUUGAAAUUAAAAGUGGAAUUUGAAAAGUUAAUAUUUCUUUGUUUAAGCUGUUUCAUCAGCAUACUUUCUGUACUUCAGCUUUUAAGGACAAACAGAUUGAAUUUCUGGAGAGUAACAUGAUAGAAUUCAAAGAAAGAAGGAUUUCCAGAAUUGUAUAUAACUUAGUAUACAGGUAUUUUGACAAACCUCUCAUAUGUGAUUUUUGUUAAUGUGCUAAGCAAUGGUAUUUUCUGCUGUAUUCUUAAGAUGUACAUAGAACAAAAUGCAAACCUAUGCUGAGAAUUUAUGUACUAAGCAAAAAUUGUAAUUUAAUGAAGCAGCCAAGCAUCGUAAAAACAACAUUCAGGUAAGAUUCAGGGGGUUUGUUUCUCAGGAUUUUUUUGCAGACUGUAUAUCUUGAAUGUAUGUGUUGUAGACUUAUGCUUCACCUUGUAUUUAAAUUCUUCACAGAAGCUUAGAAGAUUCAUCUUUUAGUGGGUGGAAUCCAGGCUAUGAGCACGUGCCAGUUAUGGUUACUCUGGACAUUUUACAGAGUAUGUAAUCUCAUAACUUGCUCCAGAAUAUUCAAGCCCAACUAUUUUUAAGACAAGAAAAAGACAAACCCAAAUCCAGACAGGCCACCUAGAAUUCACACUUUAAACGUUUUCCAGGGGCCUAGAAAAUGGAUACUAUUUGUUCAUAAGUACGUCAAGCCUCACCCUUUCAGGCCAGGGAAAACUAAGUUUAAAUCAAUCCCCAAUGUACAAAUUUUACUUUGUCAGUGAGGCAGUAUUCCUCAUCAUAUCUUUUAAAUCAAAAGGAAGGCACAUUUUGCAUAUGCUGCAUCUCUCCAAAGCUAGUGUCAUAGCUGGAGGAUCCUGUUUUCAAGUUGGAAUAAAAUACGGAGUUUGCUGUGGUGUGCAGCCUCUAAUAGGGGAACGGAGCAUCAUCUUGAGUUUAUUUUCAGCUGCCAGAUAAUUUCAGCUAAAGGGAAAGAAACCCAAGAGAGCAAGCCCCAGCCCCCUGUGCUGAGAUUGCAGACACCUCAGUCCCUCUCUGCAAGCCAGGCACCACACUUAUUCUUACCCUCUGCAUCUCGGGGCUGUACCUGGGAGAGGUUUCUCAGUGGGUCCCUUCCCCCUUGCUGGUGGCCAGCCCUCAGAGGGAGCAGCGUUUGCAGCUGCAUCACCAUUGCACAGCCCACUGGUUUUCAUUCUUCAGCACUUGUGCACUUGCCCCAGCAGCACUCAGCUCCUCCAGCUUCUGUCCAAAUUCUUUCUAGGAUGGACAGAUCAGUUCAAGGCAGGACAAGCAGGAUGUGUCUGAACAUCAAGCCGCAGUUUCCAUCUCAGUGCCCAGGCUGUUUCAGGCCACCUACACAUAAGGUUUGAUUUUGACAGGUGUCUGUGGUGUCCUUUCACUUUCUCAAAGCUGGUCAAAACUUUCAACUUUAGUUAUGAUCAUGAAUUUAGUUACAAUAAUGAAUUAAAAAGUCACUCUCAUGUGCGUAAGACUAGGACAAGGGCACUGACAAAAGGCCAACUUGCUACUCACCACAGCCUAUCGUCUCUUGCUCUGCUGAGGGACAAAACUGUACGAGCCAGAGCAGCUCCUCCCUGCUCAGUAGGAAGUCACUGGGGCCAGCUGCCCCCCUCAGAGAAGAACAGGAUUGUGGAUGGCACACGAUGUGGCCACAUGUACCAGAGAAGAGCUUUUCAGAGGAGUCACAUGUGGAUAGGAGCUGCGUUACAAGGAUUAAUUACAGUCUUUCCUUGGGAGGUUUCAGCAAGCUGUGAUCUCUACCAGUUAUUUGACUAGACUGACUUUUCAAAGAUAUCUAGAUUUAUUGCUGCACUAGAAAUCUGGCUUAGGCCAUUAAUUUAGACAGGACUCUCCAAUUAUUCGUGGUCUCUAUUUUUUUUAUCAGAUUAUUAUUGCUAAAGCAACAUAACAAAUUUUAAAUACUGGAGAAGCCAGUUCCCAGAACAAUGGUAUCAGGCAGGUAAAGAGACCAUCUGAGACAGGUUUAUGAAGCACAGUACUGGAACCAGGGAACAAAGAAUAUGGGCUAAUGCUGUCUAAAAGCCUCCUGGUUGAUGAAGAUCUUUGUGACAUCUUAUGAUUACCACAAGAUUGUAAUACGACUGCUUUGUACAAUAUUACAUGUAAUAUAUCACGUGUCCAAUCUUACACAUACUUACUUGUGAAACCGCAAAUGCUGUUCUAGAUAAAGAUAUUUCUGCUGACUGUAAAUGUAAAUUUAGCUAUUAAAAUGUUAUUGCAAGUAAAGAUCUCUUUAAAAAAAUGUUUAAAUAUAUACAAUUUAAUACAGAUUUCUUUAA